GAGCGGGUUAUCAUUCCAUCCCCUAACAUGGUCCGUAUGGCCGCUUGAAGCUUUUUAUGAAAGUCAUCACUACAAUAAAACUGCGCCCUGAAUCCAUGGGUCAAUAAUGCUGACAGGACUUAGAAGGCAAAGAGACAUUUAUGGUACAAAAAUGAAGUUGUCUAAAGGCGUCAUUCUCCUUUUUCUAGGAUUGUUUUUUAAGGUUGCUGUGGCAGGUGACAUUCCAAGGAAUUCCACACAGGUGUACUGGUUAGAGCUUGAAAUCGAGUCAUCGGUGUAUGAUAACUUCAGCGCGCUUCUGAAAGACCAGACACUUACAAAAAUAACUGAUGCAUCUGUAACAGACAUCACUAUCACAACAGAGUGCACAUGGAAUGAGAUGUAUAAGAAUUGUUCAUGCGCGUCAAACUACACAGGCAGUGAGGACAUGUGCAAAAAUGAUAAAUGCUGCAACAAAAACUGCUUGCAAAAACUUAAUGACAUCGCCGUGUGUCUGCCUGAAUCAAGAGUAAGCAUUGAUGGAUAUACUCCAAUUGAAAAUAUGUCUUGCGAAGUUUUAUGUAAUCCAACGCAAAAAGGUUUGCCUGCUUAUGACACUCUGGCAGAGAAAAUUGCUAAUUUGCUUGCAAAAGCAUACAGCAAGCUGACAUAUUUUGAUUCUCUGAUUAUCAACAGUUACAGGAGUGGCAGUGUGAUUGCAUCUUACACGGUACAGUUCAUGAGUUCAGUCCCAAUUAAUGGAUUGAUUACUGUAGUCAGUGAAUUGCAAAAUUCGAAGCUGGUAACAACAGGCAUCAUCACUAUUACGAGACUUCACAAUCACACGAUUGAUACUGGCUCCUCGACAAGUAUAACUUGCACUCCACCAGCAGAGCUGGAAGGGGUGGAACCUAAGUGGUACUUAAAUGUGCAGAAUAAAUCGACAGAGAUCACAGUAGGAGAAGAGGCCAACUUUACAAAAAACGGUUUGGAGGACACUGUUAAUCUCAAAAACAUUUCAGGAAGCUGGAAAGGAAGAAUUAAAUGCGUGUACACAAGCGGGCCCAUAGAACACACAGCAAGUACAGAGUUGGACAUAGCACUUUUGCCAGAAAUACAAGCUAAGAGCAGUCCCCAAUUUCCUGAUUGUAGAGAUAAUUCACCAAAAACGGUUGUUGUUGAGUGUAAAAUUUCAAACGACACAGAAAAUUACACGGUUACAUGGAGUAAUGAUCGCUUCACAAACAAAGAUCGAGAAGUCCAAGGGAAUAUUAUCAUUUAUAAAGCAGAGGCGACCAUAUAUUGUGCAGAGCCAAACAAUGAAACAAUAUAUGUUCAAUGUACAUUCACAAACAACAGAGCCAAAUCCAACCGUUUAACAACCAAAACUGUGGAGAUCCCCAUCAUUUUUCCCCAUUCAUCAUACUGUGAGUCAGACAAUGAGUGGCCCUUAACAAAAGACAAAUGUGAGGCCAUUUUAUCCUGUAAGAACACUGCUGUUGGACUGAGAAAGAGAAUGUGCUUAAACAAAGUGUUGCAACCCGAAAUCUCUACUUGUGUGAAUGAGGACCUGCAUGGCAUUAAAAAGGAUAUAGAGAUCUUAAAUAAAGGCAUUGGCCUUAUUAAGAACGAUGCAGAAAAUCUUUUCAAGCGAAUACAGCAGUCAACCACAGUGGAGACAUUCAACUCAUUUGCAAAUAUUAAUGAAUCUGUAGUUAUUUUGGAUGCCAUUAACAAAGUAUCUAAACAGCAGUCAAAUCAAUGGAAUGAUACUAUUAUGUCUGACUUUGUCAGCACUAUAAGCAACACUUUGAAUGACACAAAUGUCUGGAAAAAUCCUAAAACUGAAGACACAAAUUUAUCUGUAUCAUAUCUAAGGGCCACAGAGGAAACAAUAAACAACUCAAAUCUGACCUUCAAUGACUAUUCCAAAAAUGAAAAUGUUAAACUUGUGGUCUGUAAUAACUCCAAUGCGGCACUGUGCGGUGCCUUUAAAGUCAAUGUCACCGCAGACAGUAAGGUUGUUGUCGUUGGAUUCCGGAACCUUAAUGAAAUUUUACCAAAGUAUAAUGGAAGUGAUACGUUAGAGACCACCAUCGUGUCAGUCAUCACUACAAAUAAUGCCACUGAGAGAAAUUCCACCUCUGUUCAGCUGAGUUUUGAUUACGCUAAAAAAAGAAUUCGGAAUCAUGAAAUGUAUUGUGUUUUCUGGGAUGAAAAUGAGAAUGCAUGGUCUUCAAAGGGGUGUAAAUGGGGCGGUGCAGAAAAGCCAGAGUUGUGCACAUGUGAACACAACUCUGCGUUCACCAUACUGAUGUCCAAAACGGCAGAGACCCUACCGUACAUGACGGAACUGACCUACGCUGGCUUAGGAAUAUCCAUCGUCUCACUUGUUCUGUGUUUAAUCAUUGAGUUUUUGGUAUGGGAUACAGUUGUAAAAUCAGACAUCGCCAAUUUUCGCCACGUGGCCUUAGUCAAUAUCUGUUUAUGCUUGCUGUUUGCACACUGUGGAUUUUUGGCAUCUGCCGAUCCGAAGGCAAUCUCCCCACAAUGGUGCUCCAUCCUUGCAGUACUCGAACACUUUUUUUUCCUCGCCGUCUUCUUCUGGAUGCUGUGCUUGAGUCUCGUGCUUCUUCACCAAAUGAUAUUUGUCUUUGAUCAGCUGAGGAAAAAGGUUUUUUUGGCAUUAUCUAUCACUGUUGGUUAUGUAUGCCCAAUAAUAUGUGUAGCAACAACCUACAUUACUUUCGGCGGUAAAGAAGAUGAAUACUAUUCCAAAGAUACUUGCUGGCUUGUAUAUCGGGGUAUGUUGAAGGGCUCCAUCUUUUCCUUUGUGAUUCCUGCCUUAACUAUUGUGAUGGUAAACCUUUUCACGCUGGUUGUGGUGAUUAUGAAGAUAGUCAGUCCUACUGUGUCUGAGUCAAAGGCACGGGACCAAAAGGACGUUGCCAGGAGUAUGAUUAAGACAAUAGUCUUCCUAAGCCCUGUCCUCGGAUUAACUUGGCUCCUUGGGAUUUUGGUGCUGUACCUUGACCUUACACAAAAACCUUAUGCCCAAAUUGUGGGCUACUCAUUUACAUUGCUCAACUCACUGCAGGGCUUUUUGAUACUGCUGACAAACUGCCUGGGAGAGAAAAAGGUUUUUGAUGCACUUCAGAAGCGUUUCCAGUCCAAGCCAACAGUGCAGUCUAAAACUCAAAUCUCAACUAAAGCGACAUCUUCAAGUAUCACGAACUAAAGACAGAACCAAUUAAAGCAUGUGAAUAUUUGAGUCGGUGCCUUUUUGAAAGUACUGAGAAGAGAAGACAUGAAACUCGAGGGAAAACUUCAGGGAUUACCUUCUGGCGCAUUCAGCUACAUGAUAUUGUAGCCCAGGGGAUAUAUUUAUAUUUAGAUGUUAUCAUGUUACCACAUCAGAUUAUUAAUGCAUUUAGGGUGAAUGAGUUCAUUUUUCUUUUUCUUUCUGAAAAUGGUUUAUUCAGUUUUAUGUAUAUUCAUGUAAAUAUAAUUAUGCUAGUAUGUCUGUAGCCUACAUGGUAUGACUCAGAACAGGUGAAAGUCUUAGAUGAAUUUAGUGAAUGAGUUCAUUUUUCUAUUUGAAAAUAGUUCAGUUUUUGUGUAUGUUCAUCUAGUAUAUUUAGUCUGCUUUUUCAAAACUGCUGACAGUCGUACAUGAAUAUUAAUUUUGGCAUGUCAUUUUACUGUCCUCCAACAAUACUUUCUUUUAUAUUUUACAUUUUAUGUAGAUCUACAACAAAAUUUGCAGAUAUUGCCUAUAAGCAUUCAUUAGUAUCCAUUAGUUUGUAUUUGCUUUUUUGUCAUAA